AUGUACCCGCAAGAGUAUGCUACUCUCGUCAGUGAAGCCAACGCGGGGACGUCGCAAAACUUCCUUCUAUUUGAGAGAGACAGAGCAUCUGCCUUGGACACAGGAUUAUUCAACUACUUCAAGGACGAACGAGGAACUACGAAUUGUACUAUUGGGGACGCUGUAUUCUCAGGCCAAGGACAAUACGGUCAAUUCGUCUGGCCAGAUUCUUCCAGCUACGGCAUAAGACCUAAACUACCUACUAGGUUCGGCGCUCCAAUGAACUUUUGGAGUUGCGCACUUUAUCCCAACAUCACACAGGCGUCUCGCAGCUCUGGUUUAUCUCCACAAAACAGAACGUAUUUACUCGAGAACAACGUCGAUACCACCGAAGCUGCGUCUGUGGCAGUCACUUCAUUCAUAUCAACAUGUCUCUCGACCUGGUGUCGAGAGUCAGGCAAUUGCGGAACAUCAUCGUGCGCUAUCGAUCAACUGAAAAUCGGGAAGACCAUGCUCUCGGCGGCGAGCCUCGAUACUUGUCUGGACCAUCUAUGUCGUCCAAUUCCGAGGAUAUCGAGCAAUCCCGACAUCGCUGGGAUCGGAGUCAUCUCCUCCUACUACAUCCAAUUCGGCUUCGUAAUUGCCGGCUUGCUCAGCCUGAUCCUGUGCUCCGUCGCACUGAAACGGACAUCAUCUCCUCGGUCGCCCCAAUCCGACAGCGAAUGCGACAAAGAUCCACCCGCUCAACCCCGUCUCCUACUGAUGUCCAUCAAUCAAACCAUCAUCACCGCCCUCGACGACUUCCAACGGGCCCAAUGUAGCUUCGCCCUUGCCAUCAACACCGCCUCACUCAUCACCCUGCAACUCUCUGCCAAAACACUCUCCUUCGUCGACCGCCGCGCCAUCAUAGCAGCCAGCGCAUCCGGCACCCUGCCAACGACUCUCGUCCUCGCCGCGCUUAUGGCGAGCAACAAGCGUCACUUAACAUUCACUUUCUGCAUCACGUUUGCCGCCUGGGCCCUGUCGCUGAGCGUCGGGCUACACCCGCAGAUCUUCAGGUACAGAGAUGCUUCGGGCGAUUACCUUACCAAUUCAGAUCAGCAAGAAUCUUUGUAA